AUGUGCGAAACUCUAUCAGAUAACAAAACAAUUAAAUACCUAUCCCUCAAGAACCAAUGUCCUAGUAACUGUAGCUGUGCAAAUGACAAUACUAGAAUGGAUCAUUUGGAUCUUACUCUAAUAACAGAAGGCCUCAAAAGAUUUCUUACAAGCCCUUUUAUUGUUUUAGAGACUUUAGAACUUAAUAUCAACUUCAAAAUUUUAGAUACAAAUUUAAUUGAAAGUCUAACUCAAAACCAAACCAUUAAAACCCUAACAAUCAAAAAUAAAUUCAUCAAUCUCUCACUAAUCAUCAAAAGUAUUUUAAUAAAAAACCGUACUAUUAGAAAUUUAAAAAUCAUUGGCGAAAAUAAUAUUUAUAAAGGUUUAUUACUUUUAAUAGAUAAUCCACAAUUAAAAAUCGAUUUAUAUUCACUCUCUUUUCCAAUAUCUAAAAACGAAACACUCUCAUACUAUACAAAACUAAUCAACUCUCACCCAUUCCCCAUUAAACAAUUUAACAUAACCAUAUCAAGUAAAUUCGAAAAAAGUAAUUUCCAAUCAACAUCCAAAAAUAAUUCAAUUAUUAAUAUUCAUAAAAAAAUUAUAUAG